AUGCGAGCAGGUAAUAAGCUACCACAAGAGGUGCCGUCUCAGAAGGUCUUCUGUCGAAUGCAAAAGCAUCACUUCCCCAACAAUGACAGAUACCAUGAAAACAGCAAAGAUAAUGGAUUUCAACUUGGCUUUAUGCGCAGCCCAGCAGCUGGUGAGAAUGGCAAUUUCCUGAACAGCACCAAAGGGCAUAUGCGUUCAGAGGCCUUUUGGUUCCAGCACCGCUUCCCAUACAUGGGACGGACCCCUUGGAUUUUACUUGAUCCUAUGUCGGCUUGA